UUCUCUGGAAUCAAACAUUGAAGGCCAAUCAAGCGUCGGUAUCCUGGUACUGCUGGAGAUGUCCGCUGCCGACGGCGCAGGUCCGCCGGCCUCGGCCAUCGGGGCCCGCCGCGCCCUAACGGGUCUCUUUGGCUGGGCCGGCUGGCUGUAAUUCUUUUCUGGUUUCUGUUUUCCCACUCGAACCAGCACAUAAUCUGCCCUCUGUGUUGUCUGCCGCCUCGCUUUAGCCAGCCUCAGCCAGUCGGCCAAGUAUCAGAAUCUGACUGCCCAACUUAUCUCAAGCCCAACGCCGCCGGACCUGGCUGACGCAGCAAGGAAAGCCGCCAAAAUCGCAAAAUCGCUAGCAUCAUUUUCGUCCAGGCUGUCCUUAUCGGAUGUCCUUUUGUCCCCUCGUCGCAUCCUACGCCGUACCGUGUCAUUUAUAAUCCUUGGUUCGAAUUGCAUCACCCCUCUCAAAUUUCAUAUCAAAACUCUGUGGAUUGUUGGUCCUUUGCGCUGCAAACCACAACAUCACCGCGCCAAAGAAGAAAAAAGAAAAAAGCUUUUGUAAUCUUUCCGAUUUCGCACCACCCGAGAUGCCCUCCCCUAUAAUCACGGCGACCAUCCAGUCCACGGUGCUAGCCGCCACGUCCAACCUAAUUGCGCAGGCGCUCGGGGCCUACAAGAGCAAUGAGCCAUUCGUGCUAGACUGGGUGCCGCUGUUCCAGUUCGCCCUGUACGCCGUCGUCAGCACGCCGCCCAACUUCUUGUGGCAGGAGCUGCUCGAGCACAGCUUUCCGAGCAGCGGGUCGCCGUCGCCUCCCCCGGCGGCGGCGGCGGCGGCGGCGCCGAACGGCAAGAAGCAGCAGAAGCAGCCGAAGCCCAAGGGCGAGGCCGGCGAGGGCAAGCUCAGCGUCGGCAACACCAUGGCCAAGCUGGCGCUGGACCAGACGGUGGGCGCGGCGCUCAACACGGUCAUGUUCAGCGUGUUCCUGCACUCGGUACAGGCGGCCAUGGCGCACCGCCCAGUGGCGCCCGCCGACAGCUUCGCGUUCCUGGCGGGUGGUUUCAACAAGGCGGUCGACUACUCGGCCGUGCGCUGGGACGACGUGUGGGCGCGGGCGUCGGCCGAGUUCGUGCCGCUGAUGGUGGCCAGCUGGCGCCUGUGGCCGCUCGUCAGCCUCAUCAACUUUGCCUUUGUGCGGUCCGUGGCCACGCGGAACCUGGUCGGCGGGCUGGCGGGCGUUGGCUGGGGCGUGUACGUGAGCAUGUUUGCGGCGGGCCGUUGAGUUGGGAGGAGAGAGAGAGAGAGAGAGAGAAGAUGCAAGCGGGCUGGAGAUUACAGAACCUUUAGGACGAUGACAUGAACACUCGUUUGUUUUCUUUUGUCUUUUGAUGAGCCUAGAACUAGCUAGACAUACAUAUGCGUACAUUCCGAUUUAUUUCUUGCUUGCUA